AGCCAAACUUUUUAAUUCGUUUGUUAACAUUAGUGUACUGUGAUUCACAAUAAUAUAAACGAAUUUCAGUUAAAAUCAAGUCAAAUAUUUAUCCGGAAUUGAAAACCACCACACUCAAUCCGAUUCAUACACACGGUCGGUGGUGAGUAUAGGCAAACGUCAAAACUCAAAUCGUGUUCAUCACCACCGCAAGAUCACCACGACACGAUGAACACAAACAAACGGGAAGGGUUGAAGCCACAAUCCACGCUCGUUGCAGAAGCAUUUUAACUGAAAUUACGAUGCCGACUAUUCGAAAAUGGGCACCAAUUAUCGUCCGAAUUUACUGCCCACUUUCGCAUCAUUAAUACGUUACGGAUUGUUGGUGCUACUCUCGAGCUGUUGUUAUCUUCCGUUCCGCAAGGGAACGUUCGUGUUCGACGACAGUGUGGCGAUUGUGAAGAACAAGGAUGUUAUCGACAGCAGCACACCCCUGUGGGAUGUUUUCCGGCACGACUUCUGGGGUACGAACAUCACCGAUGCGAGCAGCCACAAAUCCUACCGGCCGCUGACCGUGCUAAGCUUCCGACGGGAGGUCGAACGGUACGGACUGGAUGCAACCCACAUGAAGACGACCAACUGGGCGCUUCAUACGGUCGUCGGAUUGCUGUUGCCGAAAUGCUUCGAAGCUGUUAGUGGGAGCCGGCCAAGCCGGCCCUAUGGCUUUGAGUACUGGGCUGCUGUGCUGUUUGUGGUGCAUCCCAUUCAUACGGAAGCCGUUUCCGGAAUAGUGGGACGGGCUGAACUGCUAGCCGCCUUUUGGUUCGUUUUAGGUGUGUUAGUUUAUAGUAAUUUGUUCGCAGAUACAGAAAGUUCAAUUUGGAAACACGUGACUAUAAUGCUGGCAGUGUUCAUCUGUACCGCAAUAUCAAUACUUUGUAAAGAGACUGGUAUUACCGUAUUGGCCACCUGUGCGGCACUCGACAUGUUAACGCACAUGAAUACUCGUAGUUCUAUAAGAUCUAUUUUAAGGAAUAAAAUUCUUUUAACUCGCGUCGUCCUACUGUUCCUUCUGACCUGCACCCUAAUAUACGGCCGACUGUGGGUUCAAAACUUUACCGGUCCACAGUUCCGCGAUAAGGACAACCAGGUAGCGAUAAGCCAGGGACUAACUAAAAUCCUAUCGCAAAACUAUCUCUACAGCCUGAACCUAUGGCUGCUGCUCUGCCCGGACUGGCUGAGCUUCGACUGGGCGUUGGAUUCCAUUCCGCUGGUCAGUUCACUCUCCGACUACAGAAUACUGUUUGUGAUAAUGUUCUACACAUUUGUGAUAAGUCUAAUUGUACGCACUAGAAGUCGAACGCACGCUCUCAGGGGCCUAGCCCUGAUGAUCAUUCCUUUUCUUCCGGCCUGCGGCCUUGUUCGUGUUGGAUUCGUGAUAGCGGAACGUGUCCUGUACAUUCCAUCGCUUGGCUUUUGCUACCUGGUAGCGUUCGGAUGCAAACAACUUUACACGAAAGCGAAAACGCAAUGGAUUCGCAGGCUGAUCGGGUUAGGAUUCUUUUUCGUUUGUCUAGUGUUUGUUUUGAGGACUAUACAACGCUCCGCGUACUGGACUACGGAGCACCUUCUGUUUCGAUCCGCUCUGCGAAUAGUUCCAAACAACGCCAAAGUGCACUACAACAUUGCCCGACUGGCAACGGAUCAUGGUGAUCGGGAAACAGCUUUUGCUUUCUACAAACAAGCGAUUCAACUGUACCCAGAGUACGAAGCGGCUCACAUGAAUUUGGGAAACUUGUACCGAGAUAUUCAGGACUACGAUCAAGCAUUGAUGCAUCUGAAAAAGGCAAUCGAAUUCCACGAAGACUUCCAUACAGCGUGGAUGAAUCUGGGAAUCGUGCAUGCGGCGAUGAAGAAUUACGAUGCGGCUCUCGAUAGCUACCAGCGAGCUCUGCUCAAAAAGAAAUACUAUCCAAAUUGUAUGUUCAAUCUGGGAAACUUGUACAACGACAUGGGCAAGCAUAAGCUGGCUUUGGCUACCUGGAACGAAACCGUUCACCAGGAUCCACAUCACAUCAAGGCAUGGAACAACAUGGUCAACGUGUACGACAACGCUAACCUGCAGGAGCAGGUCCUCACCGUAACCGAUCGUGCCCUGCAGCAUCUGCCGGGAAACCCGACCCUGCUGGCUUCGAGGGCCACCGCUCUUGCCAAAAUGGGAAAAUACCAACAAGCGGAACGAAUCUACGCCGACCUGAUAGCCGCCAAUCCUCGGGUGGAAAAAUAUCACCAAAACAUGGGAGUGCUGUACCACCGCUGGGGCAAACUGGAGCAGGCCGAACACCUCUACCGGGAGGCCCUCAAGCUGAACCCACGUUCCGAAAUGGCCAAAACUAACCUCGCCAAACUUUUAGCAACGAGCAGCAAGCGAAGAGGCAAAUUUUAAUCACUUCCAAUAAAC